CAGCCUACUUCUCUGGAGAUCGAAACUCAGGUGUAUGGCAGAGACAAAGACAAGGAGACAAUACUUGAAUUGAUCUUCAACGGUGAUGAUGACGGAAAUUUUGUGAUUCCCAUCGUUGGAAUGGGAGGGAUCGGUAAGACAACCUUGGCCCAACUUGUUUACAAUGAUGCUACUGUUCACGAUCAUUUUGAUCUCAAAGCAUGGGUUUGUGUUUCUGAUGAUUUUGAUGUCACAAGAAUAACAAAAGCAAUUUUCCAAGCAGUCACUUCAAAGGCAUGCAAUGACAACGAUUUGAAUUCGCUCCAAGAAAAAUUAAAGGAGUUGUCAGGGAAAAAUUUUUUGAUUGUUUUGGAUGAUGUCUGGGAUGUGAAAUAUCAUGACUGGACCAUUUUGCAAUCUCCUUUUCUAACAAGGACUCCGGCAAGCAAAAUUAUCGUGACAACAAGAAUUUCUGCUGUUUAUUCUACAAUGGGUGCUUCUUUUGCUCAUUGUUUGGAAGUUUUGUCGGAAGAUGAUUGUUUGUCUGUAUUUGCUCAACAUGCAUUGGGAGCAAAAGAUUUUGAAGGACAUCCAAAUCUAAAAGAAGUUGCUGAGAAAAUAGUGAGAAAGUGUAAUGGAUUGCCUUUGGCUGCUAAAACCCUUGGAGGCUUGGCUCGUACUGAUAUUGACCUUGAUGCUUGGGAAAAAAUAUUGGAGAGUGAGAUAUGGAAGCUAUCAGACCAUCGGUUUGACAUAAUUCCAGCUCUCCAAUUGAGUUACCAUCAUCUUCCCCCACAUCUGAAGCGGUGCUUUGCAUAUUGCUCCAUUCUUCCUAAGGACUAUGAAUUUCAAGAGAGAGAAAUAAUCUUGUUAUGGAGGGCAGAGGGCUUUUUACAAGAAGCAAGAGAUAAGCAUAGCAUUGAAGAUCUAGGCCACAAGUAUUUUAGAGAUCUAGUAUCGAGGUCUCUUUUGCAAAUAUCAACAAAGGGGUUAGAGAAUGUGGUUGAACCUCAAGAUGCAUUGAAGGCUAAGUUACAUGAUAAGUUAGGACUGGAUCAGUUAGAAUUGAUGUGGAGUGAUGAUUUGGAGAAUAGAAAUAGAGAAAUCGAGACAAAAGUGUUGGAUUUACUUCAUCCUUCCAAAAUGCUUAAGGAGCUUGUCCUCAAGUUUUAUUAUGGUGUGAGGUUGGCGGUAUGGAUAGGGGAUUCUUCAUUCAAUAAGUUACUAUCAAUAUGCCUUGAAUGUUGUCCAAAUUGCACAUCAUUGCCAUCAAUUGGGCAAUUGCCAUUGUUGAAAAAAUUAUGCAUCAAGGGAUUGGACAAUGUAACUAGUGUGGGAGUUGAGUUUUUGGAAAGAAUGCGCCAAAUGCAUAUCCUUCAUUGGAGACUUUAG